CUAGCUAGGAUGAACGCUUCCUCGGUAACGAACGGUUGAUAGCUAACGUUGGAGUUGGGUAGCUGACUUUGACAGCUGCAGCUUUCUUUUCUACUGUGAAGCUUUAAUUUGGAGAUGCCACGACGUUUGAACAAGAGGUUAGCAUGGUAGAGAACAUUUAGCCAGCUUAAUAGCGGGCUAGCUACCAAACGGUCAGUUUUCGAUUUAGCAAGCUUUCUUGCUCCAUAGCUAUCCCAGUUUGCUGGCUCUUUGGCUAUUCAGAAGUUAAACUCGUAGCUAGCUAGCUAGAAGCAAGCGGUGUCAUUCUUUAUCUGGCUAGCUAGCGUGCUACACAGCAUGCGAUAGUUGGGCAGGUAACGGUACAAUACCGGUGGUAACAGUUCUUUUUAAGCAAUUUCUGUAGUUAACCGCUAGAAAGCUUAUUGACAGCAAGCAGUGCAAAACUAGCUAGCCAGCUAGCUUUAGUAAUGCACCUGCCAGAGUGAUCUCGUACCGUUACUCUGCUUUUAAAAAUCGUCUCAACUGCUGUCAAUAGCUAGUUAGACUAGCUGUCUUAGAUAGCCAGCACGAUAGAGCUUAUAUAUAAUCAGACAUUUCUCGGGACCUUUUAUAAACACUGUCAUUGAAAUUGUUCAAAUAUCCAAGUAUGGGGAUGUGUUUACCCUGCCUGGGAGGAGCUGCCGAUGACGUGGUAGAGACGCCGGACCCUGAGACAAAAAGGAGGCAAUUAGCAGAGGCAGCCGAGAAGAGACAAAAGGAGACGUCCUAUAGAGGAAUUAAAAACCCCGAGGCAGUUGAGAGGAAGAAGAAGAAACAGGAGGAGAUGGAGAAGCAGGCGAUGACAGUAACACCCACUGGGGGCGGGGGCCUGAAGUGGCAAGUGGGCUAAAGCUGAAGAGUGGAAAAGACAGACAAACAACAGAUUCUUUCUGCUUGGGUUCAGCCAACAUGGACUGUGUUACCAGUUGACUUGAGAAGCUCUUUUUUUGUUGUGCAAGAUAGUGGGAGGCGGGUACGUAGGAUCUAGGGAGAGAUGUGCCAGGCUUUGUGCUACAGGAUUGACCCCGGGCUCAGAUUCCUGAUUUGCCAGAAUGCUUUGCAGGACACACUCACCAGAUGAUGCCAAGAAGAAAAUGCCAAUGGAUCCUUGCAACAGCCAAAAGGACAGUUGACACACUACAGGACUCACUGGAUGGAACUCCACACCAUGAAAGGAAAUAUGAAGUGCGCUCUUAGCCAUAACACUGUACUGUACCAGUUACUUCUUUUCAAACAGUCUCAGUAGCCUUUCGUACAAUAUUACACCUUACCAUCUUAUACUUCUUACCAUAUUUAUGAAACUUACAAACACAUUACAAAUAUUAAAUCUUUUGAUUUAAUAAAGUAAAAAUAUAGCCAUGCUGAAAUUACUUGGUUUUCACAGAGCAAGC